UAGGUGGAACGUCUGACGUUAGCGACUGAGGCUUGGAAGUGUUUAUUGUUCCUAGUGUCGUCGAGGACAGAAAAGCGUUGGUAUAGUAGAAACAAACGAAUAUAGCACAGAAGCGGUUUUUUAAAAAAAAUAAACAAAACAAAAAAACAGUGAAGCUUAUUUAGACAGGACCAAUCGACAAUGGCUUAUGCAUACCUCUUCAAAUACAUCAUUAUCGGAGACACAGGUGUGGGGAAAUCAUGCCUGCUAUUACAGUUCACAGAUAAGCGUUUUCAGCCUGUGCACGACCUUACUAUUGGUGUUGAAUUUGGGGCACGGAUGAUUACUAUAGAUGGCAAACAAAUAAAGCUCCAGAUCUGGGACACAGCUGGCCAGGAAUCUUUCCGCUCAAUCACCAGGUCUUAUUACAGAGGAGCUGCUGGAGCCCUACUAGUAUAUGACAUCACAAGAAGGGACACUUUCAACCACUUGACAACCUGGUUAGAAGAUGCUCGUCAACAUUCCAACUCCAAUAUGGUCAUCAUGCUCAUUGGAAACAAGAGCGACUUGGAGUCCCGGAGAGAGGUGAAGAAGGAGGAGGGUGAAGCAUUUGCCAGAGAGCAUGGCCUCAUCUUCAUGGAGACCUCUGCCAAAACUGCUUCAAACGUAGAGGAGGCUUUCAUCAACACAGCCAAGGAGAUUUACGAGAAGAUCCAGGAAGGGGUCUUUGAUAUAAAUAAUGAGGCAAAUGGCAUCAAGAUUGGACCCCAACAUGCUGCCACCAAUUCUUCACUUCCAGGCAGCCAGGGUGGACAGCAAGCCGGUGGGGGCUGUUGCUGAGCACUGCUACUCUGCACACCUCCCCUCCUUCCCAUCACCUCCAACCCACCCUUCCCUGCGUUUGUACUGGACUAGUUGGGCUCACUAACAGUUUCUUAACCUCCCUCAGCCCAGCCCUACGACUGGAUUCUAAUAAUAUAUUAGAUGGCAAACAAAUGGGGAAAAAUGAAUGAAAAAAUGGUAAAGCCCAUGUCCCAACGAGAUCUUUCUGUAAAACUUCUGAAGCCUCCACUGAAGCUGCAGCAGAUAUGAAAUGGUUAUUGCCAGUCACGCAGAGAGAUGAGAGCUUUGGAGUAAAUUCCCAUAUAUAUGUAUACAUACCUAUUUGUAAUGCUUGUCAGUUGUGAAUUAUUUUUUAUUUUGUUUUUGUUUGUGCCCUCUUGACUUAAAAUCAUUAAACACUACAAAGUCAUCUCUAGUAUUUCGGUUGUAGCCAGUGACUCCUCUUAAACUGCUGAAGUCAUGAAUAAAACAUAGUAAAACUAAUGCUCAUCAGCCUUUAUCAAAGUGAUAUUUAACAAGAAGAAACCACGCAGGACCGUUUUAAAAUUCUGUAUUUAUCAUCAUCAUUCUGUAUAUAUCGUUAUCAUUUCUUGCUUUGGUGUACAAUGACUGAGCUAGACCUCUGUAUUGGAUUUUUUGCUGAGAUUCUACACUCUGUGAACCAAGCUGAAAUUACAACAGUAUUGCUGCCAUUUAACACCUGCUUUGGCUACCAUUGGAGGUAAUAUUUUACAGUGAUGUCUUUUAGUUGGUCCUGUCAUACAACCUCUUCCCUCUCUUGGCUCUCUUAUGUACAGACACUCUGGCUCAUAAUUCUGUACCUAUUUAAUGCCAAAUUUGUGUUUACCUGUGUUUUGUUAUAACAACUCCAGAGAUGGAUCAGCUUCUCCAGAUAGAUCUGCUGUUUGCCUUAAAAAGAGACUUUUGGAUGGCAAAACACAUAAUCAUGUAACUCAUAGGAUAUGUUCCAGUUACUAGAUAGAUAUACUGAACAUACCGCAACAUACCAUGUAUCCACCCACAGUCAUGUAUAUAUAUAUCAUACAGAGAUUUUACCCUACUUCAGGACGAUGUAGUACACUUGCACUCAUGCCUAUACUUAUAUCUUAAUAGGAGUCCACAUACACAAAUGCAUAUUUGUAUGCAUACUUUUUUCAUCAGGAUUUUUUUUUUUCUUUUGCAGUUAAGUCUGCUGUGUAAUGUCAGUGCAGAUCAACAUUAAGUGUACGAGUGGUUGUGUAAUGAAUUGCUUUCUUUGGCAGUAUGACAUGUUAGUAGAUAUGGUGAACAUCUUGUCUGUUGUGAAAGGGUGUAAGCCAAACCUGGAGUAACUUUGUGACCCUAAACUUUAUUUGCUGUGUUCUCAAAAAGAAUUGCUAUCACAAUGAAAUAUAAUAAAACCUUCUGAACUUAAA